GCGGCCCGCGCCCGAGGAAGCCGGAAGCGGCCGCGGUCCUGCGCAGCAGACGGCGCGGCGCCGGCGGUGGCGGUCGCGGUGGCGGCCCGGGGCCUUCGCGCUGCCAUGGAUGCGGGCGCGACGGCCGCGCUGCUGCCCGGGCUGCUGCUCCUGCCGCUGCUGUGCCCAGGGCCGGCCCGGGGCGCGCUCCCCUGGGGCGGCGCGCGUGGGCUCGUCCACGGCCUCCUGCCGGAGCGGCAGCUGUGGGAGGCGGAGGACUGGUCGCUGGCCCUGCUGCAGGGCGGGGGGCUGGGGCCGCGCUCGCUGCCCACGGACCUGCCGGACCCGGAUCCCGAGUGCCGGGAGCUGCUGCUGGACUUCGCCCGCAGCAGCGCGGAGCUGACCCGGUGUCUGGUGCGCAGCGCGCGGCCGGUGCGCCUCUGUCAGACGUGCUACCCGCUCUUCCAGCAGGUUGCCCGCAAGAUGGACAACAUCAGCCGAGCUGUCGGGAACACCUCGGAGAGUGAUGGCUGUGCCAGGAGUCUCCUAAUGGCGGACAGAGUGCAAAUAGUUGUGACUCUGUCUGAGUUCUUUAAUUCCACGCGGAAGAAGGCAAACUGCGCUAAUUGUUUAACGAACAAAGGUGAAGAAUUAUCAAACACCACAGUGUACUUCCUCAAUCUGUUUAAUCACACCUUAAGCUGCUUUGAGCAUAACCUUCAGGGAAGCCUACACAGUCUUCAACAAUCGAGAAAUUAUUCAGAAGUAUGCAAAAACUGUCACGAAGCAUACAAAACUCUGAAUAGUCUGUACAAUGAAAUGCAAAAAAUGAAUGCACUUGCGAAUAAGGCUGAAUCUGGAGUCCAUUUAUGCAUUGACGUGGAAGAUGCAAUGAACAUUACUCGGAAACUGUGGAGUAGAACUUUCAACUGCUCGGUGCUGUGCGGCGACACGGCGCCUGUAGUUGCCGUCUCUGUGUUCAUCCUCUUUCUACCUGUUGUUUUCUACCUUAGUAGCUUCCUUCACUCGGAGCAAAAGAAACGCAAACUCAUUCUCCCAAAACGUCUCAAGUCCAGUACCAGCUUUGCAAAUGUUCAAGAAAAUUCAAACUGAAGCCUGCAAAAGGGAGAAUUAACAACAUAUCCCAAGGAUGAAUGGUGGAAGACACAGCUUGGUCCAAAAGAAGAUAAACUGUGAUUUGACAAGUCAAGUUUUUUUUUUAAUAAGAAUUAAAAAUUUUUCUUUCCUUUUCCACCCCCAUUUUAAGGGUUUGGAUAUAUGUAAUUUCCAGGCAUAGCAAUGUUGUCUGUUUUAAAGUGUACUUGUUACAGUAACAAAAGAUGCAAGAACAAUCUUUGUUUUAUUUUGUAGGCAUAUUAUUACUAUUUGAGACUUCUGGUAUCUCCUUAACAUGGUAUCUCAAGUAACAAAGUUUUUGAAAACUAACAUUUAAAAGUCAGUUUUAGCAAAGACUUUGAAAAAGAAAUAUACUUGCCAAAAAGCAGCAGGUCCAAAAUCUAAUUUAAAACACUUACCAGUGCAGUAUUAUUGUUACGUAUAUAUUUAAUGUCAUAUAUUACAAAUAGUACGUAAUUCAAUCACUAGCUUCCUUUAAGUUAUUUUUGAAACCAUUAAUUAUAAACCUCUAUGACAAUUUUUAGAAGUGGGAACACACAUUAUAUUUAUCUUUGUAAAAAGAUUGAUUUAUCGUAACUGGUUUCUUACUUGACUUUUAUUAAUAGUAUUUUUUUAAAAUUUGGUAUCAUUAAUAUACAAUCAAAUGAGCAACAUUUUGGUUACUAGAUUCCCCCCAUAUUAAUAGUAUUUUACACCUUAUUUUUGCUUUUAUUUCCUAAGUAACUUGAAGGCACUGGGCUGCUUUAUUAUAUUCAGGGCAAGAUGGAAUCUUUUUACACAGGGAUUUGCAUUGUGAAUUAUAUUAAAUUAUUUGGCAAUUUAUAAUUUAUUACUACUUUAGGUCAAAUGUAGCAUUAUAGCACUGUAUUUAAGUUGUGAUUUUUUAAAUGGAGACUUCGUCUUGGGAUGUCUGGUGAUUUUUGGAAGGGAGGGAAAGGAAGAGUAAAAACACUUAAGGUUCAGGAAGUGGCCGGGACCAGGGGCGGUGUCCACCCGCCGCUGCAGGUUCAUCCGGUGGGAGUCCAGGUGAGACUCUAAUACCGAAAGCAGUUCUGUAACGAUAACGCUUGUUUUUUUCUGAAUUAAAUCUGAUAAAAGUGAUAUGAUUGAAAUGAAGUGAGAUAUUUCACUAUCAGAAAACGAAUUCUAUUUUGGAAUGUUUAUAUCAACCUUUAAAAAAAUGUUCACAAUUUUUUUUCUCAGGUUUUAGUGUUAGGUAUUUCAUUUGUUAGUUCUUUCUUGCUUUCUCCAUGCAAACAGGCUUUGUUUUAAACAUUGGGACUCUGAAGACUACUAGUCUAUAUAGAAAUAAGAGUUUGGUUAAAUGGUACAAGAAUUUGAAUCCUCUCAUAUACUGUAAAAUGCUCUAUAGAAAGAAAAGAAAAGUGUUUUUAUUUUUAUUUUUUCAAUGUUUACGAUAUAUGCAGAGUGAAAGACGUAGCCACAGGCUGUUAGAGUUUGUCUAAUCUGCUGUGAUCCACUUGAAAUACGCUGGGUUUGUCCUGCUGUCCCUGUUCCCACUGCUGAUGCUAAUAGCUGUCUGGAUUUGAAGCACAGUUGAGGGCCACUGACAGCGAUCUCUCAUCAGUGCCUGUAAAGCCAGUUCACAUGUGCAGAGCUGCAGAACGGAGUGUUCGAUUCUGGAGGUGGUGACUGAGCACUUUUCAAUAUUACGCAUUUGAAAAAACCAUUGCUUUUGGAUGUGGUUGUUAAAGGAGCACUUUAGAAAAGGAAAGGCAGCCUUUGUUAUUUUUCUGGUUGAGUCAUUGCUCUUGUUGCUCUUUAGAAGUAGCAUCAACAAUAGAUUUCAAAAAUAAGUAUUAGGCAUUACACUGAAAUGUGUAUAUAUUUCAUUAAGUCAUAUUGAAAAAUUCUUUGCAUAGUUCUGAAUUCUGAGACUUACGGCAUAUUUGUGUGCACAAGAACAUCUUUAGCUUUUUGGACACUUAGAAAUAAAGGAAGUAACUUAUGGAAAUUACAAUGCCAUAUUUGAUUUUUAAACACAUUUUAAAAACGUGGACAUCGUAUUUCAGUUUUUCAGGUAUUGAGUUUAAUGCCUACUUUAGAAGUAACAUCUGUCUUAUGAUUUGGUUGCAAAUAAAAUGUACCUUUGGA